UAGAUAGUGACCGAUCUCGAUCUCUCCUUCAUUCCCACCUAACGACACUCGCUUUUAUCAUCACAACCAUCAUCACCACCACCAGAACAACAAACACCUGAAGUCACUAUGGAGUGUUUUCGGCAGAUAGCUCGACUUGUCAAGUCUCCCUUUCGGCGCGAGAAGCAGCAGAAGGUGCUGGAGAUCGGACCCCCAACCGACUUUCGGAAAGAGGAAUUGCCCGCGUUCUUCUCAGAUGACGAGUCAGUACUCUCACGUCUUGACCAUUCCGCCACCCAUCUAACCAUCUGCAGUGCGGCAACCUUGCACAGCCGGGGUUCCACCCUAGAGAAGGAGAAGGAAGCGGCGGCCACCGCCAUGGAACGUCAACCAUCGACACGAGACAAGAUCAAGACGCAUGUCCGGAGGCUGAGCGUCCGGGUUGCGAGACCAGUUUCUGAUGCCCACGAUGAGCAAUGAGCCGAUCGAAUUGAUGCCAGCUGCACAUGCCGGUUGCAUAUCAGCAUCAACAUCAACAUCAACAUCAUCGACA